GACAGCCUGAAAUAGCCUUGUUGCAGUUCACUUCAGGAGUUCCGGCGAGGACGAGAACCAACAACAACAUCCCCACUUCCCCAACCGUCUCCUCGAAUCCCCGCCCCCCCCCCCCCCCCCCCCCCCCCCCCCCCCCCCCCCCCCCCCCCCCCCCCCCCACCCCCGCGCCGUCGCCCUCGCCUCCGCCCGGGAUCCUCGCCCGCGUCGCCAGCAAUGCAGCUGUAUCACCAUCCGUAUUCACUAGACAGUCAGAAGGUGCGGAUAGCCCUGGAAGAGAAGGGUAUUGACUACACAUCAUAUCAUGUCAAUCCACUAACAGGGAAAAACAUGAAUGUGGCCUUCUUCCGAAUGAACCCUUCAGCGAAGCUCCCUGUCUUCCAAAAUGGCGCUCAUGUCAUUUUCCGUGCCAUCGAUAUCAUCCAGUACUUAGACAGACUCGCGGUGCACUUAAGCGGCGAAAUCCAGCCUGUGAAUACUGAGGUUCUCCAAUGGAUGCAGAAAGUUGAUGGUUGGAAUCCUAAGAUGUUCACACUAACUCACACCCCACUAAAGUACCGUGCGUUUGUCUCCAAGUUCAUACGCCGGGUGCUGAUUGCUCGGAUGGCUGAAGCCCCAGAUUUAGCUAGCAUGUACCAUGUCAAGCUCCGUGAUGGUUAUGAGACCGAAGACAGACUGAAGGACCCCGAGACUAUGCGGCAAAGUGAGGAAGAGCUGAGCAAACUUCUGGAUGAUGUUGAGGCACAGCUCAACAAGACCAAGUAUCUCGCUGGCGAUGAAUUCUCACCAGCUGAUUCAAUGUUCAUUCCCAUUCUUGCACGAAUAGCCCUUCUUGAUCUUUAUGAGGAAUACAUCAGUAGCAGGCCCAGGGUCCUGGAGUACCACACAUUGGUCAAGCAGAGGCCAAGCUACAAGGUUGUAAUUGGGAAGUACUUCAAUGGGUGGAAGAAGUACCAUACUCUCUUCAGGACCUCGUUCUUCCUUUGUGUUCGAACCUUGUUCCGAAAAUACUAGGUGGUUCAGCGUGUUGCGUAGCCGAUCCAUGCUGAACCAGUGUGUACAGUGAGUUUAGGCUGAAUAUAUGACCAUCAUGUGUUUUUCCUCCAAGGCCAGGCUGAUGGUUCCUGAGAGUUUUGUUUUCUAUACACCUGUCUUCUCCAAUGUCGCUGUUUAGAGCCUACAGAAUCUAGAUGUUGAAUUACUUACAGAAUAAUAGGCCUAUAUGUAUGGUUUGGGUUUUCUUUAUACAACGCGUCUCUCUUCAUGGACAAAUAUUAUUUCUAUCAUCUGUUCUAGCGCGCCUCAUAUCUAAAGUAUCUUGUGCACCAGCUGUCACUGCAAUCUUCUUUUUCAUUUGAUUUUACGUUUUCCAAGUUUGUUAGAGAGCUUAGUUUCCAGUUUCAUAUUACUUCUAACUCAUAGCUUCUGAUUUCAAAUUAAGUUAUGAGUUAAAAUUUGUUUACUCAUAUUUUUCUCAUAGCUUCAUUUUUCUGAUGUCGGCGUGUGUGGGAUUUGUCCGGUGUGUUUUGAUGUUGGGAGUGGGCUCAGCUCUUGUUGUUUCGGUUUUCUUCCGGGUUUUCCGUAAUUAACUGGGCAACAAUCUUCUUAAUCAAUAAAACAGGCAAAACUUUUGCCUUGUGUUAAGAAAAACAAUAUUUUUUUCAUAGCUUAAUUUUUUCGUGCUCAUAUUUUUUAAACUCAAAUAGCAAUAAAAUAUUUUCCUACUGUAUGAGUGCAGAGCUUCCCAGAUAUAUUUAAGCAGAAGAUCUCCAUGCACAUGCUUUACAUGUACAGGACAGGACAAUGGGCCCCAUUAUCAUUGACUCUAGUAUCCACUAGGUGUCUUUAUUACUUGAUCCCCUUAUGGUUGUCGACAUAGUGCACAACACGUCUAUUUAUACAUCAAAGUUGAAACACUUUGUCCAGCAAUUCAAGCUUGUUGUCUGAUACUGUUUUCCUUCAGAUUUUGUAGGCUCCGAGAGUAAGCAGGGAAGAGGAAGAAAGAGAGAGCAUAAGAGCGCUAGGAAUGGGAACAUGGAGGAAAGCUUAACUUUUUUGUUUUCACCUCUAGUGUUGGAGGUGCAAAUAUUUAGUUUUGUGCUUUCCUGAUGUCUCCCAUUCCUAUGGUUCUUGAGCACUCCUUCCUCUCCCCUUUCGCUUGCGCAAUAGAUUAAUGCAUAAACCUUAAAUAUGUGUGCACAUACUUACAUUAUCUGAUAAUCUAAAAGGCUAGUCGAGAAAAGGAAGAAAAGAGAGCCUGAGAGCAGUGGGAAUGGGAACAUGGAGGAAAGCCUAACUUGCUUUGUUUUCGCCUCUAGUGUUAGAGGUGAGAAUUCAGUUUGGUAUUCCCGAUGCCUCCUAUUCCUACUGUUCUCAAGCACUCCUUCCUUUUCUUUUUGGCUUGCUUGGUUGCUUUAGCUUAAAUAGAAACCAAAUAUAUGCGUGCACAUGUUUAAUGUGGGAUCUCAAGAGCGAGCUAGGAAGAGGAAGAAAGAGAGGGUGUAAGAGCAGUGGGAGUGAGAACAUAGAGGAAAGCCUAACUUAGCUGUUCUCCACCUCUUGUGUUGAGGUGGAGAUAUUUCCCGAUGCCUCCCAUUCCUAUUGUCCUUAUGCGCUCCUUCCUCUUCCUUUUUGUUUGCUAAAUCGAUUUAGCAGAAAAACAGAACAUAUAUGUGCAUAUAUUCAGGUGAUGUGAGAUGUCCACUAUGAGACAGGAAGAGGAAAAAGGAGGGCCUAAGAGCGGUGGGCAUGGGACAUGAUGGAAAGCUAAAGACCUCAGUUCCUCGUCUAACACUGUAAGAUGUUUUCUGUCAAAAAAAAAACACUAAGAUGCUUUGUUUUGAGUUUCCUGAUGCCUCUCA